CUUGGGAGUAAAGAAAUAAAAAAAUGAAUAUAAAAAGCUCUGGACUCUGAACGCGGAAUCACUUUUCCAAUUUCCCUCCGAUAAGUCAACUUACAUCGGAGAGGAUUCAAAAUCAAGCGCAUUUCGUGAUUAAUUUAGGUUUCUAUUCUUUUUUGUUGAAAUUGGGUAAUUAUUGUAAAGUUUGGCGGACGAAGGUAGUUGGCCGUCAAUGGAUCUGCUACGAUCGGAGCCGAUGCAGUUGGUGCAGUUGAUUAUUCCAUUUGAAUCAGCGCAUAGAACGAUUUCCUAUCUCGGUGAUCUUGGCCUCUUUCAAUUCAAUGACCUAAAUGCAGAAAAGAGCCCAUUCCAAAGAACAUAUGCUGCACAGAUCAAAAGAUGCGGGGAGAUGGCACGCAAGCUACGGUUUUUCCUCGAUCAAAUGAUAAAGGCAGGUUUAUCGCCCUCAUCAAGGUCUUCAGCUGGCCCCUAUGUCAAUUUGGAUGAAUUGGAGGUGAAACUUGGAGAACUUGAAGUAGAGCUGGUUGAGAUGAAUGCAAACAAUGAAAAGCUGCAACGAUCGUAUAAUGAACUUCUAGAAUAUAAGCUUGUUCUACAGAAAGCCAGUCAGUUUUUCCAUUCAGCUCAAAACAGUGCUGCAGCUCAACACAAAGAAUUUGAAUCACAUAUCCUUGGCGAGGGAUCAGUUGAUCGUCCCCUGUUACUUGAGCAAGAAAUGUCAACAGAUCCCUCAAAUCAAGUGAAGCUGGGAUUUGUUAGUGGACUUGUUGGUAGAGAAAAAUCUAUGGCUUUUGAAAGAAUUCUGUUUAGAGCAACCAGGGGAAAUGUGUUUCUUAGACAAGUGGUAAUGGAAGAUCCAGUGAUUGAUCCGGUGUCAGGAGAUAAGGUUGAGAAAAAUGUUUUCGUUGUGUUCUAUUCUGGAGAGAGAGCAAAGAGCAAAAUAUUGAAAAUAUGUGAUGCAUUUGGAGCAAAUCGAUAUCCAUUUACAGAUGAUCAGGGCAAACAAUACCAGAUGAUAACAGAGGUUUUAGGGAAGCUUUCAGAAUUGAAGGCCACUAUAAUCCUCAACUUCACUAUGAAUCAAAAAUUUAUAUACUUCUCCAGGGAGGAAUAUUUAAUCACUGAAAUGAAACUCUUACAAAUUGUAAAGGUGAAGAAGGAAAAAUCUAUUUACCACACUUUAAAUAUGCUCAGUCUUGAUGUGACGAAAAAGUGCCUAGUGGGAGAAGGCUGGUGUCCUGUCUUUGCAAGAGACCAGAUUCAAAAUGUACUACAACGAGCAACUAUGGAUAGCAAUUCACAAGUUGGAGCUAUAUUCCAAGUUUUGCAGACCAAGGAAUCACCUCCAACGUACUUCCGUACCAAUAAAUUCACUUCUGCCAUCCAAGAAAUUGUUGAUGCUUAUGGCGUGGCCAAGUACCAGGAAGCGAAUCCUGGCGUUUUCACCAUUAUUACCUUUCCAUUCCUAUUUGCCGUUAUGUUUGGAGAUUGGGGCCAUGGCAUAUGCUUGUUUCUUGCAACACUGUAUUUCAUAUUCCGGGAAAAGAAACUAUCCAGACAGAAGCUUGGGGAUAUUAUGGAGAUGACAUUUGGUGGUCGUUAUGUGAUCAUGAUGAUGGCACUGUUCUCAAUAUACACUGGACUUAUAUACAACGAAUUCUUUUCUGUGCCAUUUGAACUAUUUGGAAGCUCCGCUUAUGGUUGCAGAGAUUCAACCUGCAGGGAUGAUUCGACAGUGGGAUUAAUUAAGGUUCGUGACACCUAUCCAUUUGGUGUUGAUCCCAAGUGGCAUGGUUCUCGCAGUGAAUUGCCAUUCCUCAACUCUUUGAAGAUGAAAAUGUCAAUUCUCUUGGGCGUUGCCCAGAUGAAUCUUGGGAUCGUCCUGAGUUAUUAUAAUGCAAAGUUUUUUGGAAAUGACUUGAAUAUAUGGUAUCAAUUUUUACCCCAGAUGAUAUUUUUGAACAGCUUGUUUGGUUACCUUUCACUUCUCAUAAUUGUUAAGUGGUGCACUGGUUCUCAAGCUGAUCUGUACCAUGUAAUGAUAUACAUGUUCCUGAGCCCAACUGAUGAUUUGGGUGAGAACCAGCUUUUUUUUGGCCAGAGGUUCCUCCAGAUUGUGUUACUAUUACUGGCGCUAGUUGCUGUACCGUGGAUGCUGUUUCCAAAGCCAUUUCUUUUGAAGAAGCAACACGAGGAAAGACAUCGAGGUCAAUCCUAUGCACCACUCCAGUACACAGAUGAUGGUAACUCUUUUGAAUUAGAGAUUGACCAUGGUUCACAUGGACAUGAGGAAUUUGAGUUCAGCGAAGUUUUUGUGCAUCAACUUAUACAUACUAUAGAGUUUGUUCUUGGAGCGGUUUCUAAUACAGCUUCAUAUCUACGGUUGUGGGCCCUCAGUCUCGCACAUUCGGAAUUAUCUAGUGUAUUCUAUGAGAAGGUUUUACUUCUUGCAUGGGGGUUCAACAAUGUCAUUAUCCUCAUCAUUGGCAUAGUUGUAUUUAUAUUUGCAACUGUUGGCGUGCUUCUCGUGAUGGAAACACUGAGUGCUUUCCUGCACGCUUUGCGGCUUCAUUGGGUCGAGUUUCAGAACAAGUUUUACCAGGGAGAUGGUUACAAAUUUUCUCCAUUCUCGUUUGCGUUGAUUAGUGAUGAUGAAGAGUAAAUCAGUUGUUUAAACAGAAAACUUGAAAACAUUUUGGUUUCGUUGAAGUUUGGCAGUUUGAUUCUUUCACACGGAUCGAGGUUUUAGGAUUUACCACGUAUGAACAUUUACACAAGUUUGGAAGAGAUGAUUUUCCUCUCCAAAGCACCGCCUUUGAGGUGCCGAUUCUUAUCCUUAGAUAUUGGCUGUUACUUCAAA